AUGUCUACAACCACAACAAUUACAGAUGGUAAGAACGGAUCCGUUCCGUCAUCAUCCAUGAAAGUGGGGAAGAAAUCAGUUACAGAAGACCUCGUGACAACGUUCAGCUCACCAGCAGCAUGGCUUCUUGUUGUUGCUCUGAUUGUUACCUGGUCGGCAGUAGCUAUUGUAAUGUUUGACUUGGUGGAUUAUAAAGCCUUUGCAGGAAGAUCUGUUAACAAGCUCAGCACAGAACCACUGAGAAUCAUACAUGAGACAUUGGAAGAAUCCACUGAUUGGCUUUAUGGGUUUAUUUCUUUACUGUCUGACAUCGUAUGGAGUGAUGAUGAUGACAGUGAUGAAGUGACCCAUAAAGACAAAUUGGAAAGACAAGAUAAACCUGAAAAAAAGGAAAGACAUGCAGUUAUUCACAGAGAGAAACCUGAAAAGCCAGAAAAACAUGAAAAGAAAGCACCUUCUAAAGUAAUUCAAAAAGACAAACCUGAAAAACAUGAAAAAGCUGAAAAGAAACCUCCUCCCAAAG